AUGCUCCCCGGUUCAAGAUCCCGAAAUAUCCUCCCCUAUAUCCAACCGGAGAAUCCACAACUAUUGGAACUUCUUCUCGAACUCGUCGCAAACUUCGCCAAACCACAACAUCCACCCGCCAAAGCGCGGACGAUCAUGUCUGUCUGUAUAGGAGGAUACUUUCUCGCAGCCGCAGGUGUCCUGGAUGGUCUCACGGCAAUAACACAUCGCCUUGCGACCAAGGGUCUUCAAACGGCGUGCGAGGAGUAUACGACAAGAACGCCGGAUUCAAAAGGUACAAAGAUUCUUCCCGAGAACCCAUCUGUCCCUGUUCCGUAUUGCGAUGCUGGGAUAAAUGAGUUUGGAGUGAGAGUUAUUACCACCGGUGCGGUUACGAAUGAGCUUGAUGGCGCACUGCACUAUGUUGCGCGUCGGUUGGGGAGGCCUGUUGCUGUGGAUGUGGCGGGGCUUAUUGGGCAUAAUUGGCGGGAGUUGAAGACAUGA